CGACAACCGACCAGAUACUUUUACAAGUUCCAGCUUCGAUCGGAAUUCCCGGUCCAGAACUGCUUCCAUCCGUUUCGGUUCACCGUCCCCCUCCUAUCCCAAUCCGUCCCAGUCUCGAUCCGAUUCUUCCACCAUGUCCUUCACCUCCGACACCACCACCAUUGACAACAUGUCGACCACUGUCCUAGUAACUGGUGCCACGGGCCUGCUGGGCCGGCAGGUCUUCAACACCUUCAAGCACUCCGGCUGCCUGGUCGUUGGCCAAGGCUUCACCCGCGCCUCCCCGCCCACGAUACUCAAGGCCGACCUGGAAAAGCCCGAGGAGGUCAAGAACCUGUUGAACGAAGCGAAACCCCAGAUUGUCAUCCAUUGUGCCGCCAACCGGUCGCCCGACCUGUGCGACAAGAACCCCGAGCAGGCGCGCCGUGUCAACGUCGACGCCACCCGCACCCUCGCGGAAGAGACCGCCCGCCAGGGGGCCCUCUUCAUCUACAUCUCGACCGACUACGUGUUCCCGGGCGCGGAGGGCGAGGCGCCCUACGAGACGGACGCGCCCACGCGGCCCCCCAACUCGUACGGCGUGUUCAAGCGCGACGGCGAGACGGCCGUGCUGGAGGCCACCAAGGAGUCCGGGCUGGGGCUGGUGCUGCGCGUGCCGGUGCUGUACGGGACGGCGAAGGAGAACUCCGAGAGCGCGGUCAACUGCCUGGUGGAUGCGGUCUACAAGGCGCAGGAUGAGAAUGCCGGCGUGAGCAUGGACGACUGGGCGCUGCGAUAUCCGACCAACACGGAGGACGUGGCGCGGGUGUUGCGCGACAUUGUGAUCAAGUACAUCAAGGAGCGGCGCCGCAUCCAUGAGCUGCCCAAGGUGCUGCAGUUCUCGUCGGAGGACCGGAUGACCAAGUACGAGAUCUGCGAGAAGCUGGCGGACGUGCUGGGGCUGUCCCUGGUCGGGAUGACCAGGAACCAGCAAGGGAACGACCCCAACGCGACCGUGCAGCGGCCCUAUGACGUGCACCUCUCGACCAAGGCGCUGCGCGAGCUGGGCAUCGACGUGCGGACGGUGGACUUUGUCUCCUGGUGGCGCAAACACUUGAAGGCGUACAAACAUUGAGGAGAGAUGAUUGAUUGUGUUUGUGUGUUGCUCGACGCAGGAGGGAGAUCUGGAAAUGGGAAAUGGAAAAUGAGAAGUGGGAAAUGGGAAAUAGGAAGAAUUAUCCGGCAAUGUAUGCGACGCAAAACAAUGAAUGGCGAAUUGGCUCCGAUAGUGGACGAUGGAGGAGAUGUAGAUCGCCCGCCAAGGGUUGCCGUUCCUGGGCAGUUACGAGUAUUUAUAGUCGGAUCGACCGGGGGGAUCUGAUCUGGAGGCUACAGGCUACAGGCUACAUGGACAUGGUGUUGAUGC